AGCGACCUCGCGGUGAGCCCAUUCUUCAGUGCGCAUCGCAAUAACCUUCACUUCCUCAAACCCAUGAGCAGCGAGGUCAACAACACCGCACCAGGUCACUUGCCCGAAUUCAGAGAUGACAACGGACGGAUUCUGCUACCCCAUAUCAGGACUCGAAGUCGUCUGGGAAUGGUCAGAACCACCAAAGUCUUUCCAAACUCGACGUUUCAACGCGAGCAUCGUGCGGAGCGCGUCCUCGACACAGACUCUUGCAAGAAUUCGGUUGACUGGCCGUGCCACCGCAACUACAUGAACCAUGUGUUCGAGACCAUGCUGACAUUCACAAACAUGUCAGAGGAAAACACUGCCAUGCGUUCGACAGACGACGUCGAGUCAACCAUGCCGAACCGCUUUUACUAUGCGCCUACCCUCACCCAAGUCUCGUCUCCUGGUGCACCAAUGUACCAACGCCGGAUACCAAAGCGUAUGCCCAGUUCGGCAACAUCACAGGACUUUGGCAUUUUGAGAAGCAAUGCUAGCGCCGCGUGCGAGAUCCCUCCAGCCCGCCUGGACUCAACAAAGGCCUACUUCGAACUAGACUGGGACGUCUACUUCUCUGCUCACUCCUUGCAGCGCGUCCUGCUAGCUGAGACUCCAUUCACUUUAGUGGAGCGUCCAAAACCUGCUCCUUUGGGCCCUAACGAGGAAGGCACGAGAGAGCUCUUCGCUAACAGUGUCUCCGACGUACAGACCAAGUUGAAAUUUGACCGUCUUGGCACGGGCGACAGGCUGCAUGCGAAAGACCAUCCGACCGUAUGGUUUGUCAUAAAGGGGCUUUCUUUGAUCUGGCAAAUGCCGAUUCUGAUAUUGUUGCGAUUCGCGUUCUGGUAUACUCGCAAAACUAGUGCAGGAUUGUGGAUCGAGGCGCAAUGGCUCUGGAUCGCGUGCGAGCUGUCCAACUUUGCCGUGGAUCUGAUCAGCCCUUUUGUCACAAAGAAACCCGAUCCAUAUCCGUCAUUCUUUGGGUUCGUAUUUGCCCUCGCAAGUAUUGCGUAUGUUCCGUACAUGGCCACCACCCUACUUCAUCUUGAACGACCUACUCGCUACAGUUCGGCUCCGUGGUGGAAGCGCAACCCACUCAGCUUUCGACGUCGACGUCUGACUAGACGCGAAAAGAAGAGCAUCGCCCUAGCUGGCACGAUCGAUUCGAAACCUUUCUACGUGGUAUUUGCAUUGUGCUUGGUGCUUGAAUCCUUUGCGCAUCAACCCUUCAUCUUGUUGCGCCCGGCUGCCAUGUGCUUGAUAGACGACUCGGCCCGUGGAUCGUCGGUGCCACUUUACGAGAAGAUCUUCAGCAGGGGCACUUGGGCUAUCAACCAGUCGCUCGCAGAGCUAAGCUUGCUUGGCCAGGCCUGGUUCAACUAUCGCGCUGGCACUUUUACCGGUAAAUUUAUGGUCACAGCCAUAGGCACGGCAAUCACGGGCUCCUUGCUUCAGGCCUUGAUCGCCUUCGAGACUUGGACGUACUGGCCUGACGCAAAUAACACUCCUGGCUUCGAUCUGUUGAACAUCCUCUGGCUUGUUCCUACGCUCUGUACAUGCUAUCAAGCUUUGGCCUACAAGGGCGUGUCACAGGUGGAACCUGUAGACGAAGAUGAUGAGUAG